UUGACACUUGACAGCUGACGUUGUUGCUUUGCUUUGUGUUGUCUUGUUGGGAUUUUUCUUAAUGUUAUCGUCGUCCACCUCGUUCCGCACCGAGAAGUCUUCGUUUCGUGUCAUUGUCUCUAAUGCGUCUGGUGUUCCGUAGUAAGACAAAUAAAAGGAGUCGCUCCCGUUGUUUAUUUUUGGAUUCGAUUAAUUCCCGUCGAGUUCUUCAUGUAAUCUCUGCUGGGAGCAUCGAUCAAAAACGUCGAUGAUCUGCAGACAUUGUAAGCUCGAUAUAAUUGCGAGUCACGCCGUCAGUAGUAUUACGAAACCCUGAGAUUUUCGGGAACGUGAAGUGCCUAAUUCGACUCCCCACGGUCAUCCGAGAAGAACGCCUUUGAGGCUGUGCGGGCAGGUGCCAUACUGGUGGGACUGGUGUACGUUUGGGGCCUCGCGGAUCCUCCAAACGUACGUGCUUGUGAGUGCUGUGACUAAGUACAAUUGAUCGUUUAGUUGAACUCUAUUCAAAUGUGGUCAGAAAUAUGGACAGUGUCUUCGAACAGUACCUAGGCCCGGACGGGGCCAAUCUAGUUUAUGCAGAGCCUGACGACAUUCCCAAGACCAACGCCACCGUCUGGAUCCUGGGAAAGAGCUACAACUCCAUUCAAGAACUAGAACGAAUCCGCCAGGACAUACGCUCGCGACUCUGGUGUACAUACAGGCGAGGCUUUGUGCCGCUAGGAGAAGCGCAACUGACCACCGAUAAGGGAUGGGGUUGCAUGUUGCGAUGUGGCCAAAUGGUUCUUGCUCAAAGCCUUAUAGAUCUGCAUUUAGGCCGUAGUUGGUUCUGGACGACAGAAACUCGAGAUCCUACGUAUCUGAAAAUCGUGAGCCGUUUCGAGGACGCGAGGAAAUGUCCAUUUUCUCUUCAUCAGAUCGCGUUGAUGGGCGAUUCAGAAGACAAACGUGUUGGCGAAUGGUUCGGGCCAAAUACAGUAGCACAAGUUUUAAAAAAAUUAGUAAAAUACGAUGAUUGGUGUUCAAUCGAAAUCCACGUUGCUUUGGACAACACAAUCGUGACAGAUGAUAUUUAUUCCCUUUGUUCAACCGAAUCAGAUAGCUCUUGGAAACCUCUACUCCUGAUCAUUCCCCUACGUUUAGGUUUAAAUGAGAUCAAUCCUAUUUAUAUCCCUGCUCUACAGAAGUGUUUUGAACUAGUCGAAAGUGUUGGAAUGAUUGGUGGCCGACCGAAUCAGGCGUUAUAUUUUAUAGGCUAUGUUGGCGAAGAAGUAAUUUAUUUAGAUCCGCAUACGACACAGCGAACAGGAAGUGUAGGAGAUAAGUCUUCGCAAACGGAAAUCGAAUUAGAUGAAACGUAUCAUCAGAAGUACGCAGCACGAAUGAACUUCCGCCAAAUGGAUCCGUCGUUGGCACUGUGUUUCCUAUGUAAAACCCGAACAAGCUUUGAAAUACUCCUUGAUAAGUUAAAAACUGACGUAAAUAGCUCAGGUAACAUUUUCGAAAUAGUGAAAACAAGAACGGCACCGUGGAAGUCGCCACCGCAAAAGACGCUAAAACAUCGCCAGAAAUCAAAUUCAAUACAAGAUGAUUUCGAGGAAAUCAACGAUCAAAAAGAAGUCACAGGAGACGAUUCCGACGGAGACUUUGAAUUCAUCGUGUAAAUACUAAAUUAUAUAAUAACGAGAAGAAUGAAAGCGAACACGCCGAAUUUCAGUCGUUUCGUGUAGAUAAAAUAUCGAAGAACGAAAAGUGCAUUCUUUUUACAAAUUCAUUGAAAUCUGAUUAUCUCUCCUUCCUCAUAAGAUUACCAAUAGCCGUCGCCUAGUGAAAUCUAAUAUAUUUCCUAUUUCUAAUUGCUUUAAGUAAGAAUACGAUUUAUGUAAAUUUGUUUUUCUAUUUUUUAUUUCCGCUUUGUGUUCUCUAGAAUCUUUUUAAUAUUUUAUACUGUAUGCCGAUGUCAGAUACGUUGGAUCUUUGCUUUUAAUUUUAAAAAUAUCACAAUAAGACUUGUUUCAAUUGUUUUCUCUUUUUGUAAAGUGCUUUUUGAAAUGUUGCAAUUGUAUAUUUACAUAUAAGAAAAAAAAAUGAAAUUAUUUGAAUAAAAAGA